CUCUCUCUCUCUCUCUCUCUCUCUCCGCAACGAAAACCAGAAAAGAAGGGUAGAGAAAAAGCCAAACCCAAGCCCACCUGUUCUUCUUCAACGCUUCUCUCUCUCUCUCUACUCUCUUGCUGGAUCAUCCAUCAAAAACCCUAUUUCUCGCACACUGCGCGCAGAGUCACCGACCCACAAACACACAUACACUGCUCUCUAGCUCAAGUUUUUUUUUUUUUUCCUCUUGCACUGCAUUUCUGGGUCUGACAUCUUCUCGGCUUCAUUUCUUAAAUGGGCACCUAAUCGGCAUUCCUUUUCUGGAUAUAAUUCCCACCCAGUAGCAUUACUGAUCGCUCAAAUUCUGAGCUUUUGUGAGAAAAUAAGGAAAAAAACGAGAGCUGUUUAUAUUUGUAAUCUCCUCUGACAUUGUCUAAGUUUUUCCCUUUUCGGUUCUUUAAAAAAGGAGGGGUAGAAGGGAAAAGAUUGAGGUAGCGCUUGUGGGUUUUUUCUUUCCGCUCUGAUUCUAUGGCUGCGGUUGCUGAGAUUUCCCAUGAAGCAGCGGUUGCUAACAAGAACUUGGAUUCGAAACCGAAUUCGAAGCCGGAAUCAGAAUUCACCAUGCAGAAUUUGGUCGAUAUGUUCACAAAGUUGAACCCUUUGGCUAAGGAGUUCAUCCCUUCCUAUUACUCCCAAGCCCUUGAUCAUCAUCAUCAUCAGCAGCACCUUCAUUUCCAGCAGAAUGGCAGUUUCCUGAUCAGCGAUUUCCCGGCUGCUGAAAAGAAUUUCUCCGAGAACAACUUCGCCAAUUAUAGGAGGAGAAGAAAUAGCUUCAACCAAGGCAGAAGAAGGUUCAAUGGACGGUCUUUUAGAGCUCAAAGGGAAGAUAGUGUCAGACGGACAGUAUAUGUUUCUGACAUUGAUCAGCAUGUCACCGAAGAGCAGCUGGCUACCCUAUUUAGUACUUGCGGACAAGUUCUUGAUUGCCGAAUUUGUGGCGAUCCACAUUCAGUUCUUCGAUUUGCCUUUGUUGAAUUUGCAGAUGAAUAUGGUGCAAGAGCAGCUUUGAACCUCGGUGGGACAAUGUUAGGAUACUAUCCAGUGAGGGUUUUACCAUCAAAGACAGCUAUACUUCCUGUAAAUCCAAAUUAUCUCCCAAGGUCAGAGGAUGAACGAGAAAUGUGUACAAGGACAGUUUAUUGCACAAAUAUUGAUAAAAAGGUUUCUCAAGCUGAAGUCAAAAAUUUCUUUGAAACAGCCUGUGGUGAGGUCACUCGCUUGAGGCUUCUAGGGGACCAUGUGCACUCAACUCGCAUCGCUUUUGUUGAAUUUGCUAGGGCUGAAAGUGCCAUUGUUGCUUUAAAUUGCAGCGGAAUGGUCUUGGGAACUCAGCCCAUCAGGGUAAGCCCUUCAAAGACACCGGUGAGGCCGCGGGUUACUCGCCCACCGAUGAAUUGAUAUUGAGUGGAGCUUUGAGGAGUCGCGCGUCAAAUUCGGUAACUGAACAGUUGAGAGGAACUUUGUUGAGACAAAGAGCUUGUUAAACUAUGAAUUUUCCUCUUUUUCUAUUAUUCUCAUCUCGAUCUGUCGCAGCUGCAACAUUUUCUGUGACCGGACAUGACAUGACCUCCUGUCAGUUUCGCUUCUCAGAGGACCGAUCUCAAUCUUUGAGGUUCAUUAUCCUAUUUAAUCAUUCAUCACUAUCA